AUAGUUUUUCUUGUGCUACAGAUGUUGCUAUGAGUCAAAUUGCCCCUCAAAUUUUCAUGUGAAGUUCUUUUUUUCAUAAAGAAACUAGAAUAGUGAUUGGUGUCUUUAGACUUCGUUGUUCUUCAAAAAUCCCCCAAAGCAACAGGAGUGUAAUCCUGUCAUUCAAGCCAACACGCGCCAGAAACUCGGUCAUUGGACUCAUGGAAGCAGCACAGCUUAUGCUAAAGUAAAUAUUUCCAAAUAAAUCAAGACCAGAGCCAGUUCCUAUUUCAAGAGAACAUCUCUAGUUAGAGCUCAAGUAAAGCUGUUCGCUUAAAAUUGAUGCUACACCUAGCAAGUGAACACCAUGAAUAGUCAAACGACGCUACAACACCCUCCUCAGAGGAAAAUCUCCCCAAAGCAACAACAGUCGGUUAAUGAAAUUCUCGACUUCGUAGCAGAUCAAACAAGAAAAAUUUCUCUCUCCGAAGCUGACUACAGAGCUCAAAAACGUAUACAAAGGAAAAAGUCUCAAAAUGGAGAGUAUGAAGAUGAGGAAUACAUUGAUGACUCUAGUUCGACUAGUUCUGUACGAUCGUACUCUCCUCCGUUGGCCCAAGAGAGUAGCAGUUCUAGUUUAUUUUGGGAUACAAGCUUAAAUCUUGAACAUAAAAAACAUCUAUCCACCGGGGAUUUAUUGGGAAAGAAUCCUCGAGGAUUACCGCCCUUGGAACCAAUCAAGGCGACGAAAAAACCAACUCGGCCCCCAUCACGUCUAGGAACAACACGAGAACCAUUCGAAAAUGAUGAACAUGUUGAACUAAAAAAACCUGCACGACCAAUGUCAGCAAGAGGACAAAGAACUUUACCAAGAGCACGAGGGCUAACUACUUAGAAUAUAACAUAAAGCAUAUAGUAAAUAUAUGCUGAUGGACCGGCUGAGAGGGAUUUGCAAAGUCGAUGAUAAUGUGGUAUCAUCUCCGUUAAAAAAUUGUACAAGAUCAUCAAGCACUUAACUAAAAUUGUUACAUCAUUUUGAGGCGUUAGAAAUGGAAACUAUCAUUUUUCGUGACCCAAAAAUCGUUCAGAAAGACGACGAACGCUGGACAGAAAUAUAAAUACCUCUAAAUCUUUGACUUCUCGAUAUAAUGCCGACAACAUUUAAAAAAAUUCUUAAAAACAAAGAGAAAGUUAAAAGUGUGUAAAUAGUUAUAUUUAUAUUUAUUCAAGAACUUGAAAAUAAUGGUAAAGAAAAUAUUGAAUACUUUAAAAAGAUUAUCCAUAAAAACAGGUAAAAAAACAGUUCGAGUUUUUUCCAAUAAAAGAACAACGUAAAUAGUGGUGAAAAUUCACUUGGUCAACGAAUUGAUAACUAAGCUAUAUUCCUACGAGUUCUCUCUUGAAUUUUACAGAACAGUCGGAUAUUUAAAAAUAAAAAAUAAAAGUGAAGUAUACCUUAUUCGUUUUCAUCAUAUAAUUUGAAGGUGACGUAUUCGUUUUGAAAAUUCUAUUGCGUCCUCUUUCAUAAGCUUUGUUUUUUAAGGGGUCAGACUUACUCGGCGCCGUCAGCUGCCGUCGCUGUAACGAUGAGAAUUAGUCGUAAUACUUAGAAAAUAUAGUUAAAUAAAUAAUACAAAUAAUAGAA